AUGGGUUUUCAUGGUAAGAGUAAGAGAGAUACACAUGGAAGGCAGAAGAAGCAUAUAGAUGAGUCCGAGUCAUAUGAUUCGUCACCACCCAAAAGCUCAAGUGAAAACAAGAGAUUUUCGUCUAAGAAAUUUUCAGAAGAAGAAAUCAAAGAGUAUUUGGCCAAAAAAACUCAAAAGAAGGCACUAAGUGUAGCAAAGAAACUGAAGACAUUCGUGUGGCAAAAGAAGGUUGAAAAAGAUAUUCACCAAGGAGCAUCGCUUAAUGAAUAUUCCAUGAAAGCUGAGAGGAAAAGGCAUAGGGAAAAUAUGGCAGAGGUUGAAAAGAUUAAGAAGAGGAAAGACGAGAGAGCAAUGGAGAAAGCUCGACAUGAGGAAGAUAUGGCAUUAUUGGCUAGAGAACGUACUCAAGCUGAGUUCCAGGAUUGGGAGAAGAAAGAGCAAGAUUUCGAUUUCGAUCAAAGCAAGGUUAGGUCAAAGAUCAGAUUACGCAAAGGCAGAGCAAAACCAAUUGACGUCCUCUACAAGCAAUUGGAUGAACCCUACCUGGUUUUGAAGGGACUCAAUGUUAAAGAUAUGGAAGAGCUUCGUGAUGAUAUCAAAACAUAUCUGGAUUUUGAUCGAACGCACGUAAAGUAUUGGGAGGCGCUUAUUGUGGUAUGCGAUUGGGAGUUAGCUGAAGCUCGUAAAGUUAGAGGGACAGAAGAAGAGAGGGGACUACACGCUAGUGUUGAAGCUGACGUGAGAAAACUCCUUGAUGGAAAGACCUACACAGAGCUUGCACAACUUAAGUUGCACAUCGAAUCGCAGAUGCGUUCGGGGUUAGCCAAAGUAGUAGAGUAUUGGGAAGCGGUUCUUAAACGCCUCGAGAUAUACAAGGCAAAGGCUUUCUUGAAGGAAAUACACGCUGAGACGAUGCUAACAAGACAUCUAGAAGAUAAUCAUGGCUGA